AUGAGGAUCGUAAACAUUGUAGUUUCAUAUGAAGCGUCAAUAAAACUUGACCCAACAAAGUACCCUGAUUAUAAUCCAAAACGAUUUAGUGGAGCGAUCGUUAAAUAUUCUGGUGGUAAAGCUUUGGUUUUUUCAAGUAAAAAAUUCACAGUAACUGGAACAACAAGUUUAAAAGAGUCCAAGAAAAUAGCUGAUGAUAUUGUUGGUGAAGGAAAAAUUAUCAAGAGAAAAAUUUUAAAUAUAACAGGAUCAAGUACAAUUGGAUUUGAUUUUGACUUUAACAAGAUUUUUUACAAUAAACGUUUCUCCUGGGAACCAGAACUAUUUCCAGGUAUAUAUUGGAGAAAAAGUGGAAAAGGACCAGUUGUUAUAUUUUUCAGGUCGAAAAAAGUUAUAAUCACUGGUGUUAAAAAACUCAAGGAUCUUGACGCUUUAUACAAAGAUUUUUUAGACGAUUUAAAAUGA